GCACAUGGUCCCCACUCAUAAAACAACAGUUCUCUCCAGUAAUUGUCCUGGAAUUGAUGUCAUUCCAGUGGGCGACAGCAGCGGCAUGUGAAUUUGUCAAUGUUUUCGUCGCUCGUCUCUUACCUCCCCCCUCCCCCUCACUCCCGCAUUGUCUCACUUUUUGCCCGAUGCGUUUCUUUUUAUUUUUUUUUCUCAAACACCUGGACGUCUAUGAAUGGAGAAAGCGCGCGGAGUUGAAUCAGCUGUCACUGGGAUUUCCACAAGCUCCGCUCACAUACUUGAUCAUAUUUCAGGAAGUUGCAUUAUUUUUGGGAGGCUCUUGCACAUCAGCUGUUGUCGGACUGUGAUUGUAUGAUGGUUGCGCUGCAGUAGAGAGUUGCCGUCUACGCUUCAGCACCAUGAACCCCGGGAGCCACAGUCUGAAGUUUGUGAUUUUGACAGCACUUCAGGCUUUAACAGUCUCGUUGCUGAUGUGUGACAAGGUGCAUUCUGUUGAAGGGAACAUUUUCAGCACAAUCGUUCAACAGAGACGAAAAGCGAAGCAGGAACAUUACGGGACAACGCUGCCUCUUCAGCUUGUUGGACAAGAAUGGAAGCCAAUCAGCCAACUCAAAUCUCAGAGUCACCCUCCAUCACUGAAGCUCAUGGUGGAAGCGGAAGGUGUGCAGCUGCUCCUGGCUCUGGAGAAAAAUGAGGGCCUGUUUGCGAGUAACUACACGGAAAUCCAUUACCUGGAGGAUGGCAGUGCAGUCAGAGACCCUCACAACUUCACAGCAAACUGCUACUACCAUGGAGAGGUGGUGGGCCAUGUCAACUCAGAUGUCAGCCUCAGUACUUGUGCUGGGAUUAAGGGUUUUAUAUCUGUUGGAGGAAGAUCUUACGUGCUGGAACCAUCCACAGAUCGCUCUGAUGGGACUCACUGGAUCUACUCCACAGAACACCUCAAUUUUGUUCCUGGCACGUGUGGCCACGAUUUCAACAUAUCCUACCCCACAGCGCAUGCAGACAGCAGUCCAUUCAAGGCUUUCAGCUCAAGACACAAACGCCACGUCCAGACAACAACCAAGUACGUGGAACUCAUCAUCGUGGCUGACAACAGAGAAUUUCAGAAACAAGGCAAAGACCUGGAGAAGGUCAAGCAGAGGCUGGCUGAGAUUGCCAAUUAUGUGGACAAGUUCUACAGGGCAUUGAAUAUCCGAGUUGCACUGGUGGGCCUGGAGGUGUGGAGUGAUGUGGACAAGUGUCCCAUUACCCAGGACCCUUUCACCACAUUGCACGAGUUUCUAGAUUGGAGGAAGGUCAAGCUGCUGCCUCACAAGCCACAUGACAAUGCCCAGCUAAUCAGUGGGGUGUAUUUUCAGGGCACCACUAUUGGAAUGGCACCCAUCAUGAGCAUGUGCACAGCAGAGCAGUCCGGAGGGAUCGUCAUGGACCAUUCUGACAACCCCCUGGGUGCAGCAGUCACUCUGGCCCACGAACUUGGACACAACUUUGGAAUGAACCAUGACACACCGGAAAGAGGGUGUGGCUGCAGGGUGACAGUGGAUCGUGGAGGCUGCAUCAUGACUCCCUCAACUGGGUACCCGUUCCCCACAGUUUUCAGCAGCUGCAGCAAGAAGGACCUGACAGCUAGUUUUGAAAAAGGUGUGGGGAUGUGUCUAUUCAACAUGCCAGAGGUUAAAGUACUCUACGGUGGGCAGAAAUGUGGCAAUGGCUACGUGGAGGAGGGAGAGGAGUGUGACUGUGGAGAACUGGAGGAAUGUAUGAAUCCCUGUUGCAAUGCCACUACCUGCACUCUGAAAGGAGAUGCCGUCUGUGCGCACGGACAGUGCUGCCAAGACUGCCAGCUGAAGCUAGCAGGCACCCCAUGCCGUGAAUCCAGUAACUCUUGUGAUCUGCCAGAGUUUUGUACUGGUACCAGCCCUCACUGCCCCUCCAACGUUUACCUUCACGAUGGCCACGCCUGCCACAACGUGGAUGGCUACUGCUAUAACGGCAUAUGUCAGACUCAUGAGCAACAGUGUAUAACACUGUGGGGCCAAGGAGCCAAGCCAGCUCCAGGCAUCUGCUUUGAAAGGGUCAACUCAGCAGGAGACCCUUAUGGCAACUGUGGCAAAGAUUCAAAAGGCUCUUUUGCCAAAUGUGAAGCACGAGAUGCUAAAUGUGGCAAAAUCCAGUGUCAAGGAGGAGCAAACCGACCUGUAAUUGGCACCAACGCUGUUUCCAUAGAAACAAACAUACCCCUGCAGGAAGGGGGCAGGAUACUGUGCAGGGGUACACAUGUCUACUUGGGUGAUGACAUGCCCGAUCCUGGCCUGGUCCUGACGGGGACCAAGUGUGGAGAUGGAAUGAUGUGUCUGAAUCGUCAGUGCCAGAAUGUCAGUGUUUUUGGUGUGCAUGACUGUGCAGCCAAGUGCAGUGGACGAGGGGUGUGUAACAACAAUAAGAACUGUCACUGUGAGGCUCACUGGGCGCCUCCCUUCUGCGACAAGUCGGGUUUUGGGGGGAGUGUGGACAGUGGCCCCAUCAGACUCGCCGCAGAUAGUAGGAAUCUGACAGUGGGCAUCCUGGUGGCCCUCCUCACUGUGCUGGGAGCUGCUCUGAUCAUCUGCAUCAAGAGGAAAACUCUGCUGGGUCUGCUGAUCACCAGUAAAAAGAACUCACUUGAGAAGCUCAGAUCAGAAAGUGCUGCAAGCAGUGGACCACCGGCCCCUCGUCAGCCUACUUCAGUAAAUGCAUCUCCAUCUCGACCAGCCCCGCUUCUACCACACAGUGCCACCAUCUUCAAGUCUCCUCAUCGAGGGCCGGAGGCGGGGCUCCCACCAGCCCCUUAUCCUGCCCACAGCCUCCGCAGACUUCCCCAGUGCCCUCCAGUUCACCUCAGCCACCCGGUGCCCCUGUCUCUCACCCUGUCCCUCUCCCCUGGGCCCAGGCAACCAAGACCCCCUGCGCCUCCACCUCACAGAGCCCCUCCACCUCACAUGCACGUUGCACCCAGAGGGACGUCAUUUCGUAGUGCGUCACUUCAUAACUCCUGCAGGAUGGUCAUGGAGCUGGAGAAGCCCAGUCCGCCUCAGAAACCUCUCCCGGCUGAUCCAAGGACUUGUCGUCUGGUGCGAAGCUCCUCUGCAGUGCAAGGCCAUGCUGUAGCCCAAGGGCCCUCUGCGGUUUGCGGCCCCACACCGGUACCUAGCAUUUCUAGACCUGCGCGUCCUGCCCCACACCCCAACAGGAUGAGUCCCAAGCAACCUCCGACCCUACCAAAGCCUUGUAUAAUUGCCAACGUUAGAUACAGCAGCUGAGACUUUGACCAGAAGGGACAUAGUGGUGAUAACACUCAGAAAUAAAAAGUUUUUUGCACUAUGAAAACUCUGAAAACCUUAAAGGUGGUGGUGUCUCUGAGUUUUCAAUCAGGAGAUAUGCAGUGUCCCUUUGGUGCUCUGUCUCAGAACGGUGCUACAAGUCUGAGCUCAGGUACAUGUAAAUUAUUUAUAUUCUGUAUUUAUUGCCACCCAGUGCACUGUGCCAGACACUUUUACUACACGGUAGCAAGGUAGAAGUUUUUUAUUUCACUUUUUUUUCACAAUAAGUGAACUUUAUGAAGGCGAUGGGCAGAAAUUGAUAAAAAAAAAAAAAAAACAAGAAAAAGAAGGAAAAAAAUCUGUGAAAUUGUGAUUGCAGAAACGUUUCUGUAAAAAGUUUUAAUAAAGGGAAAUUACAUUUUUGUUUUUUGUUCUUUGUAUUACAUGUAGAAAUUUAAAAAAGAGUUUUGUGCAAUGACAGAUGAGAAGUGGGGUUUUUCUUAAAGAGGAAUGCUUUCUGUAGCAUCUUUGAGCCAGUCUGGUGAGACUUGAAACGAUCACAGCAAAACAGAAAGUGGUGUUACUGACAGCCUGUUUAUUUUUCAUCUGUUUGACAGAAAGUUAAAUGAGUGAAAUGCCUCUGUAUUUGCCUUUUCCCUGACCUAAGAACCUUAGAAUCUCACUUGAAUGAUGCAGGCACUAAGGUAUAAAAUGAACACAGAUCUAAAAAUGAGCUGAGAUCACAAAAGUAUUAUCCAUCCCUCUGGAAAGUGAACUCCUCAGAAAGAUGGUGUGUGUUUUAAGGAUUUACCUUUAUGCCUUUCUGCACCAAGGACUCUGAUUUAUGAGUCAUAGACUCACUAAGGACUGUGCUCACAUGUAAACCGCCGCUGUCUGGCUACAGUGUUUAUACGUGGAUUUUAAAUCAUGUUUUUUCUCCUACAGAAAAAGGACUGUUUCACUAAACAAGGACACAUUUCUUGUUUUGUGAAGUUAAACGGUUAAUCAAUGUCCACUGAGUCAUCAUUCACAAAUAAACUAGGCUGUUGUUCAUUUAUCUCAUGUUUUGCUUAUGCUGUUGGUACUUUAAAACCAUUUUAAAUGCCAGAUACAAAAUCCUUCAUAAACUGGAAAGUGUUCCAUCAUUGCAGCAGAACUAAUGUUGCACUGAUUGCAGUGCAGCAUAUAUACAGUGUAUACAUUCACACUGAGAAGCAUUUUCUUUUAACACGGCUGUUUUUCAUAAAUAUCUAGGCUGAAAACUGAAAUGGGUGGACUUUUGUUACUUUUGAUCAUUUUAUCCUUAUAAUAAUGCACUAGCUUUGUUCACUUUGCUUAUCCAAUGCUCUGUGUCCAUGUACUAAUAGUCAUUUGAGUGUAAUUCUGUACCUUUUUAUCUGUUUUGUUUUUUGUUUUUUUUACUUGUGUCACAGGAGAACACCUUUUCACGUUGUUUCUUUUUAUAAUCAUGAUUUGAUACUUCAUAUGUAAAAAAAGAAACUCAAAGUGUCAGUGGCAGGUCAUGGUAUUUUAAACACACGAGCAGCAUUAUUAAAACUGUUUUUCAAACACA